UUUUGUGUACCCAGCAUCCGGAAACGAAACCGAGAAGGAUUCCGGACCUCGGAGGUGCCAGGCAGCUCUGGAGCCCCCGCGGCCACAGGUCCUGUUCCCCGGGCUUCAAUACAAUCGCCUUUGUGCACCAAAGAUAUCUCCAAGAAUUCUUUCUUGGCCAUCAGCUCUGGACCUUUACGAACCCCAGUGUCACCCCAAAACUCUCGACUCUUUAAGUCAUGGAAAAACAACAUGGUCAAAUGAAUGCUCCUUACCCAGGAACAAAUUUACCGCCUGAAUAUCCCCCUCAGUAUCCUCCAGCAGCACUCCAAGGACCUCCAGGAUAUCCUGGCUACCCUGGCCCCCAGGUUGGCUACCCUGGCCCCCAAGCUGGCUACCCGGGGCCCCACGCUGGCUACUCAAUUCCACCAGCUGGUUAUUCAGGUGCUGGCCCAGUGCACUUUCCUGUCCAACACCAGCCAGUGUAUAAUCAGCCAGGCGGACCUGCAGGGGUACCAUGGAUGCCAGCACCACCACCUCCAUCAGGCUGUCCACCCGGAUUGGAAUAUUUAAGUCAGAUAGAUCAGAUACUGGUUCAUCAGCAAAUUGAGCUCCUGGAAGUCUUAACAGGUUUUGAAACUAAUAACAAAUAUGAAAUUAAGAACAGCUUUGGACAAAGGAUUUACUUUGCAGCAGAGGACACAGAUUGCUGUACCCGGAACUGCUGUGGGGCUUCUAGGCCUUUUACCAUGAGGAUUAUUGACAAUAUGGGCCGAGAGGUUAUCACUCUGGAGAGACCACUAAGGUGUGACAGCUGUUGUUGCCCUUGCUGCCUUCAAGAGAUAGAAAUCCAUGCUCCUCCUGGUGUACCUGUAGGUUAUGUUAUUCAGACCUGGCACCCAUGCCUUCCAAAGUUUACAAUUCAGAAUGAGAGGAGAGAAGAUGUACUAAAAAUUACUGGUCCAUGUGUGGUGUGCAGCUGUUGUGCAGAUGUUGAUUUUGAGAUUAAAUCUCUUGAUGAAGAAACUAUAGUUGGCAAGAUUUCCAAACAGUGGACUGGUUUUGUUAGAGAGGCGUUUACAGAUGCUGAUAACUUUGGUAUCCAGUUCCCUUUGGACCUUGAUGUGAAAAUGAAAGCAGUAAUGCUUGGUGCAUGUUUCCUCAUUGAUUUCAUGUUUUUUGAAAGGAGUGGAAACUCAGAAUAAAAAGAAGGAGUAUAACAGGGGAUUAAUGAAAGCCUCCCCAGAAAGUGUGAAGUCUGUGUACUUCCUGGGACUAUGUCCAGGAAAAACUUUUUCUUCUUAACUGAAAUGACUUAAUAGUUACUGUGAUACCUGAAGCUCCUGGUAUAUGUGAUGACUUUUCAAAUUAUAGAGUUUGUUUUCUAUAUCACUUACCUAUAAAUGUUUUUAUGCAUUUUGUUUUAUACGUUUUUGAGAAGAAGGACAUGGGAAUUUUUACAUUUAAUCGUGAAGCUUCUGUGCUAAAUUGUUCUGAACUAUAAUCUGUUCUUUUUUCAACUUUUACACCAAAUUAAUUAAAUCAUUAUUAGUAUAAUUUUAAAAUAUAAAUGUGCAUUUUAUUAAAUAUAGUUCCAAUUUGUUUCACAUGUAACAAUUAAUGUUAUUUUGCAAAUAGUGUAUAAUCAUAAGUUGAAAAUAUAAUUGAUUUUCUUUACAAUUAUUUUAAAGUAAUGCUUAAUAUUCAUAUUACCAAAGAAAAACAAAAUGUGUAUUUGUUUUUUGUUCAGCAAAUCACAGCAUAUUUAGCUUCUUUUGUAAGCUAAUCUGCUACCAUAAAAAGAUUUUCAUUAUUGACAAGAAAAUAAAUUUAAGAUUCUCAAUGAAGAAAACUGUCCUAAAGAUGACACAUUAAAAAUUUCACUCUAGAAGUGGAGCAUUGUUAUAGUU